CCGGAUCUUACCCUUUCUUUCCCGUUAAAAGGGACUUUUUUUACACCAGAUAAUAGAAUAGCAAAGUGCAAGGAAAAAUGAUGAAUCGGAAGCACUUUGUUCUAGUUCAUGGAGCCUGCCAUGGGGCUUGGUGCUGGUACAAGCUUGCUACGCUGCUCAAAUCAGCUGGUCACCGUGUCACUGCCCUGGACCUUGGUGCUAGCGGAGUCAACCCUAAGCGGCUGGAUGAGGUAUAUUCCAUUUCUGAUUCGCUGCAACCGUUGACGGAUUUCUUAGCUUCUCUGCCACACAACGAGCGGGUCAUUUUAGUGGGUCACAGUUAUGGUGGCAUGGGCAUUUCCCUAGCCAUGGAGAGUUUUCCAGAUAAGAUCUUAGUGGCAGUUUAUGUCACUGCCUUUAUGCCAAAUAUUAUACUUCCACCGUCAACUCUGUUGCAAGAGUUCUUUAAGAGAACCCCAAAGGAGUCUCUGUUGGAUUUCCACUUCUCCUUCGACCAUGGACCAGAAAACCCACCAACUUGGGCUGUAUGUGGACCGAAUUACAUGGCAGCCAAUAUCUACCAACACUGCCAAGCGCAGGAUUUGGAAUUAGCAAAAAUGUUGGUGAAGCCAAGUAAGUUAUUCUUGCAAGACUUGGCAAUGGAAUCUCUGCUCACAGAGGAAAAAUUCGGGUCAGUAAGUCGGGUUUAUAUCGUAUGCAAUAAAGAUGAGUUGCUAAAGGAAGAUUUUCAGCGGUGGAUGAUUGAGAAGAGCCCGCCCAAAGAAGUGAAAUCAAUCGCAGGAGCUGACCACAUGGUCAUGCUUUCAAAAGCCAACGAGCUUUGUCUCUGUCUCCAACAACUUGCUGAGAAAUACUGUUGAGUAGGUCAUCGGAGAAGCCUUAACAUGGCGAUGUGCUUCCAACGCCAUCUACGCAUCGGUUUCCGACAAGCACGCAAUCGGCUUUUCUUCCGGCUAUUGUCAUCCGCCUAGUGUGCUCCUAUUUUUAAAUUUUUAGUUAUAUUGCUUUGAUUUUCCCUGUAUUUUUCUUGUUUUUCUUGCUGCUUGUAAUAAGGUCAUGUCCUCUUUCUUGAUCUUCUCGCUUGUUAUUUUGGUCCAGACCCCUGGGGUUGUGGAUAUGAACGAUAUCCUGGCUUUCGGGUUCAGGAGGAUGUGUGUCGGCAUGGGGUUCUUUUGAUCCCAGGGUCGAGGAAUAAGAGCUACCUAUGCAUUAGUUUGUGUCUGCCUAGCGCAGAUCUGUUAUUCCAACUGAAGAUUAGUUAUAGGUUAGCGGAUCUUUGGCGUCUUUGAUGUGUAAUCUUUUAGUUACGACUUUGAUCUUUUAGCUUCGGCUAGGAUCUUUCAAAACGUUAUGUUAUGUGAUUGUAAGAGUUUUAUUGCUCUUGAUUCCUCUAUUAAUGAGAUAAGAAUGAUUUUCCUU